UGGUGGGAGGCUGCUCCAGCACAGGCUUCCCACGGUGUCAAAGCCUUCUUUCAGGCAUCCACCUGUUCCAGCAUGGGGCUCCUCCAUGGGUUACAAGAGGAUCUCUGCAUCCCCAUGGAGCUCCACGGGCUGCUUCACCAUGGUUUUCACCAUGACUGCAGGGGAAUCUCAGCUCUGGUGCCUGGAGCACCUUCCCCCCUCCAUCUCCACUGACUUUGGAGUCUGCAAAGUUGUUCCUCUCACAUGUUCUCCCUCUGCUCUUCUCUGGCCGCAAUUACACCUGCGCAAUAACUUUUCCUUCCUUCCUAAAUAGGUUAGCACAGAGGCAUUGCCACCAUUUCUCACGGGCUCUGCCUUGACCAGCAGUCUGUCCAUCUGGGAGCCAGCUGGCAGUGGCUCUGCCAGACACAGGAGUUGUUUCUGGCAGCUGCUCACAGAAGUCACCUCUGUGGUCCCCACGCUACCAAAACCUGGUUGUGCACACCCAGUACAGCUCUGCGGGCUGGGAGUAAAGCGCUUGGGCUGUCAGACACUGGCUGUGUGACAGGAGGGUGGCCUCAGUCCCUCCGAGCCUUAGCCCGUAGCCACAGGACCUCAGGAAGCGCUGGAGACCUGGCAGGGAUGGAGGGAGGCCUGACCUGGAGUUCUGGUGAAGGCUGGGAAGUAGCUGUGCGUUUGACAUUGGUGUAAAUGUCAAGCGUGCAGUGGGCUGUGAGAUGUCCCUCCCCAAACCUGGGAGGAGUCAAAUGUGAAGGUUCACAGGGAUUUUUCUGACAUUUAUGCAGUACUAGAGAAGUGGGGCUGGUUUUUGCCCUUUUUUUAUUUUGUGAAGGCUGAAGCUCCAGGAAGAUUGAAGGAUGUGCCUCAUCCACUCACAUGCCAAGUGCUAAACCUGAAACAGCCCACAAAAACAUUAUUUCCUCCUUCACAGAAUGCACGCCAGAAUUUUCCCUUUAGGGGCUAAUUUUGUAUUGUCCUCAUUCGAGGCUAGGAAAAGAACGGGAAAAAAAUCUUUUCCACCUCUGUCCCUGGAGAUGGCUGCAGUCUGGAAACAGGUUAUUCUGCUAUUUCCUUCUCUCCUGAGACUCGCAGCUGGGAAGUCAGAGCUGUUCCAAGCCUCAGUGUGGAAAAGUGCCUUCCUUUUUUUUUCCUGUGCACGUGCCGUUGUUGGCUUCCACACAACAGAUAAGCAACUCCAUUGAAGGAUCAGUCUGUGGAGGUGUUUGGAUUUCUCCGCAGUAAUUCAGGCAGUCCAUGGAGUGAAUUGUACCCAUCUUGUACUGAAAUGGGCAAAUUCUUCCAAAACAAUGCUUAUUAGCUUGAUCUAAUGUCUUUUACUGGGGUACAAAGACAAUUCCAGAAAGCAAGAGGAAGUCUUAAUGGGCAACAAAUGAAGGGGAGUUCUUUAUCAUUUAGCCACUCAUUCCUAGCUGUAUUUUUGUUUUUCAAACAUGCUAAGAGGAUAUAUUAAAUGAAGCAGGGCUUACACAGAAUGCCAUGUUGGUUUUGCUUAUAUUUGCACCAUCUGUACAGCUGGUUCAUCGGAGCAUGCGAGAAAACGUGUGUUUUAAAUUAAAAACUACAGGAUGGUCAUAUAGAGCUGAUCGUGGCUGCAAAAUGCCUUUCUUUAAAAUUAAGAUGCAAAGAGUCCUUUUCUUACAAGUACAUGGUUAAUUUUCACGCGGAAAGUACAGCUGAAGAGUGAAACACUCCUGCGUCAAGAACUUUUAAGAUUUCAGCGGACCGGACCUCCUCUGACUCCUUUCCCGUGUGUUUUCUAGCAGCUUUAGCCACUCGGUGCGCCAUCCCUUGCUUUCCUUCAGCUCGUCCCUCUGGGUUUUUAAGGAAUACUGCCGACGCCGCUCCUCGCCCGGCGGUGGGCGGGCGGGGCUCGGCGCUGCUCCGGGCCGCCUCCCGCUCGCCGCUCUCUUUCCUGCUGCCGCCGCCAGGAAGUUGGAGACGGGGUAGCCACUCUCGGCGCUGGGUAGGGCUGGGGCGGCUUCCUCUGGACGUAGCGGACCCUGCCACGGGGAUGUAGCGGCCCGCGGAGCCAUGCGCGGCCCGGCGCUGCCCCGCACCUCGCUGCGGACGGUUGUUCUAAUAUUUGUCUGUGUGUUGACAAAGGAAUCUGUAGAAAUUACUCCAGUGCCAUAUAGAGUGCAAGUCCGUCGGGUAACUUUGGAUGGAAAAAACCCCUCUAACCCUUUGAGGAGAGAAAAGAAACAGAUGCACUGUCAACUGGGACAAUACCUACACCCCAGAAAGACCCACUGCUGCAUGAGGUGUCAUGCAGGUACCUACAAGGCAAAAGAUUGUGAUGGGCCUGACCAGGCAACUGUCUGUCUUCCAUGUGCCAAUGGCACAUUCACAGCUGUUGACAACACCAUGUCUAAAUGCUUCCAGUGCAAACGCUGCCGUGCAGCACUCCAGCAGAUAGUAGAGACCCCCUGCACCCCAAAGCAAGAUACUGUGUGUGGCUGUCAUAAGAAUCAGUAUCAGAUUGAUUCUGAAUCUGAAUACUUCCAGUGUAGGAACUGCAGCUCGUGUGCUGAUGGGAUUAUUGCCAGCUGUUCAAAGAACAGAGAUGCCAUUUGCAGAUGUAAACCUGAAUUCUUCCUGUCACGUAGUAAUAUUUGCAAGCCUUGCAACAGCUGCACUGGAGAAGACUGCUUGCGGUGUCCUAGCCCAGUCGCUACCUCACCGACUUCAUCUGGGCUGAAUGGAAACCUUGUACUUGGCACCCUUGUUGCAAUAUUUGGAGUUAUCUUCGUCCUCUGUGUUGCAUGUAAAGUAGGGAAGCUGGUCCAGAAAUAUAAGACAGUGUCUGUCUACUCCUGUGUUUCUUUGCCACAGACAGCCAAGGAGCCGGUAACACAGGCUGAGGAAAAAAUAAAUGAAAUUUCCAGCCUUCGUCCUGAGUCCCAGAAGGAAACAGAAUUGCCAGUAAAGGCAACCCUAUCACCUGCACCUCUGCCACAGAGUUCACAUGAGUUACCAGACUGCAUCAGACCUGCCAGGAAGACACAGCUUCCAGACACCCCUGCUAUCCUGUACACCGUGGUGGAUCACGUGCCGCCGUCGCGGUGGAAGGAGUUUGUGCGGCGCCUGGGCCUGAGUGACUACGACCUGGAGCGGAUCGAGCUGGAGCACCGGCGCCUGCGAGACGCCCAGUACGAAAUGCUCCGGCUGUGGACACUGCAGAUGGGCCGUGCUGCCACUGUGGAGCACAUCAGUUGUGUUCUCAACCAGAUGGAGCUCAGUGGCUGCAGUGACGCCAUUCAAGAAGCUUUGCUAAACCAGAACUCUCCUCAGCCCUGCAGCCUCCACAACCACCUUUAAUCUAUUUCUGCUUUAGCUGCCUUUGACUGUUAAGAGGGGAUCAUAGCUCUCUUUCUUUCCUCAUAUCUCCCCAUCUUUGUGAAACCCGUCAGCUGAUUUUGUUGGAGACAGCAGCAGGUUAUGCUGGAGGAAGGCUGAGGUUUGCUUCUUAACCACCACGUAGUUCAACCUUUAAGCCACAGUAGACCUCUGCAACACCUCCUCUCCCAAGGAGGGGAAGCACCUCAUAAAGGAAGUGGUGUGUGAACUCGGACCAAGAUGCAAAUAGGAGCUCUGAGUGACUUGAUCAUAGAUCAGCUUCUAUGGACAAGUUGUUGCUGAAACAGGUACUCCACACAUCGUGUGGUGGGUAAACUUGUAGGGUGCUUUAGUUAAGCUGACUGUUCAGAUGUUAAAGUACUCACUCACUUCUUGCAGAUCUAUUUUUCUGCGAGAUCACCCAGUUGAAGUGGCUCAUAUUGCAGCCUUUCGAUUGCUAAAUCUGACUCAGAGGAAGUGGUGGGAGGAUGUGCCUAUUUCUGGGAGCAGGAGAGGAUUGCCCCCUCUCGGUAGCAACUAGUAGGUAUCAUGUAGCAGAAGACUCGUGGAGAUUCAGAACUGGUUCUCUCUCUGCGAGGAACGGGAGGACAUUAUCCUUUCCACACCACGUCCCUCAGGUUCCAGAGGAGUAAGAAUUCCAAGCCAGUGAGUCAGAUGAGAGGGUUGGUGCUUUUUUCCUCAAGUUUUUUUUUUUUUCCUGUAUCUAGAAAUCAUGUAAAUUAGCAUUAACAAAACACCUGCCUGUGUGUCUGUCCAAGUGCAGGGUGGCAAGGAGUGUGUGCAUCUGCCUGGGGGAGGUGGUACCUAUGCAUGAGCACAGGCAGCACGAGCACCUCUGCAAAUCUGUGCUGGCACACAGGCUGGUAGGCUUGUGUCUACCUGCUUAUCUACAUAUGGAUGAUUCCAUGAAUCUAACUGCAAAUGGGACUGUGUACGUGUCUGUAUAGAUAUUUUAGCAACUGUUGAAUAACUGCACACUACUUCCCGGACUGUGUUCUGUGAUUGCUGCUUGGCUAUGGGAGCCCUUCAGUACCAUCUCCAGGCUCUCCCCAUCACUUUCUCACCAGAAUUACCCUGGGAGAACCAGAUGUAGAAAAAUGCAACUAGCCUGCACCAGGUGCAGGUUGUCCACAUGUUUGUAACAUGUGUUAUUUCAGUCUCUAAUCCCUUGAUCGGAGACAAACUUUCUAUUGUAAAUGCACUAAAUGUUCUGAAAUAAAGUGAAUAUUUUUACCUCUGUUUUGGUUUUGCUCA